UUUCCACGACGUCUGCCACGCUCCUGAGCCUGUAACUGCCACCAACGCGCCCUCGACGAGAGGAGACAGGAAAGACAGAGAGAGGUCAGGAUGGCGCAGGUCUGGGCGGUGUUCCUGGCCGUGGGGUCGCUCGCCAUCGGCAUGCUCGGGGUGCUCGGCGUCUGGCUCUGCUACCUGUUCCAGGCCGUGGCGCUGGGCCCGCCGCCCGCCCCGCCGCCCGCCCCGCCGCCCGAGACGGUCGACGACGACGACAAGAACGGGCUAUCAGAGGCCGAGCUGAGGCAGCUGGGCGGGGUCGUCCAGGCGGAGGCCGCGGACGGCGAGGAGGAGGAGGAGGAGGUCCUCUGCCCCAUCUGCCUCGACGCCAUGGAGCCCGGCCGCGCCGUGCGCGUCCUCCCCGGCUGCAACCGCGCAUUCCACCAGGACUGCGUCGACCGGUGGCUGGCCAUCUCGCCGCGCUGCCCCGUGUGCAACAUCUGGGCCACGCCGCAGUCGCCGCAGGCCUCGCCGAGGACGGCCAAGGCUGUUCCAGGUCCAGGGUGCUGACAUGGGGGCCGCGCGCGCGUUCUUGGUUCUUGACGGUUCUUGGUCUGGCUCUGAACCUCUGAUCUUCUUGACCAACUCUAGUUAGUUUUUUUGGCUCGGGAGAGCGGUUCUUGUGAGUCCUUGUCUGCUAGUACAUGGUUGUGUAUAGGAUUCUUGGACGGGAGACUCCAUGUAGUUACUACGAUUCUAGAAAGAAAUGAGUAGGCUUUUUGCAGAUUUGGGUCUUUUUUCUUCUAUCAGAUCGUCACAUUUGGCCCCAUUGUGUAUGUUUGAUGAACGAGAAGCAGUAAAUGCUCCGAAGAUAGGAGAUCAUGAUGUUAAAUAGCAUAUCGAUCUUAUUAA